AUGAUCAUGGCGCAAAACAUUGCUGAGCUUCUUCAACAAAUUCGACAAGUAGAAAAUGAACAUAAUCAAUACGUUGACGAAUAUUUUCAGAUCAAAGAACAUGUCAAACAGGCUUUGACUGAGUUGAACAAUAGUCCAACAUCGAAUAAUUUGAAUACGUACAACACAUAUUUAAUUCUAUCCGAAUCCAUCAUGAAAAACAUUCGAUCCAAACGAUUAUUAUUAACAAAUUUGAUAUGCGAUUUACACAAACACGGUGUAUAUUUGAAUGAUGAAGAUGAAGAUGAUUAUGACGAAACACACAGCAGUCUCGAUGAAGGUAUUGACGAUGAAUCCUUGAGCGUCCUAGAUGUGAGUUCCAAAUUAGCGAGUUUAAAUAACAGUGAUGAUAUGUUUGAUGAGAAUCUUGUCUAA